AUGAGAAGUAUUGAUCAAAGGAUAGAAGAGCUACUCAGGUGGAUUAAGAACACUCAAGAUGAAAAGAUCCUGCCUUCAACGCAUUCAUACAUUUCGCCUAAUAUUGUUGUUAAAGAUAUGAAAGAUUUUGGUAGAGGUAUUCGAGCAGCCAGUCCCAUUAAGAAAAAGGAGAUGCUCCUUAGAAUACCGCAUUCGUUUCUCUUAAACUUCAAUACGGUCGUUAGACAUAUCAGCAGACACAACGAGUCCAUAAAAUUACAAGAAGCAUAUUACACAAGCAUUUAUGUUCCUUAUGGGGAGAUUCAUGAAGAUCAAUACACGAAAAUAUAUUCCAGAUUAACUAUGGAGGAGAUGCUUGGUUUGUCUUCAUUUCAAUUAUUAUCUCUUUAUAUUUGCUUUGAGAAGCAAAGGGGAUCCUCGUCGUUUUGGAAACCUUUUAUAGACAUGCUUCCAGAAACUGGUGACUUUGACUUAGCUCCGUUAGUUUGGAAAGUAUUGAAAGUGGGCCAUCAUGAAGAAUUAUUGAAAUUGUUACCUAAUUCCACCAAGAGACACAUGGACAAGGUAUAUGACAGAUUUCACACUGAUUACAACGUAGUAAAAAAUUUACUUUCAAUUAAAUUGAAGGAAAUAUCUGAUAAUGAAGCAAAUGAUUUUAACGAUGCGAUAAGCCACAUUGUACCAAUUGAAUUAUAUCUAUGGUCUUGGAUGUGUAUAAACUCUCGUUGCUUAUACAUGGAAAUUCCCCAGAGCAAGAAUGCUGCAGAUAAUUUUACUAUGGCUCCAUACGUAGAUUUCCUAAACCAUUCUUGCGACGAUCAAUGCGGACUAAAAAUUGAUGGAACUGGCUUUCAAGUUUAUACAACAUGCUCGUAUAAUCUUGAUGAACAAUUGUUCUUAAGUUAUGGACCACAUUCUAAUGAGUUUUUACUAUGUGAGUAUGGUUUCACUUUACCCGAGAACAAAUGGAAUGAUUUAGAUAUAUCUGACUACAUUCUUCCUCUCAUGAAGCCUCAGCAAAUUAAAUUCUUAAAUGAUUAUAGUUAUUAUGGUGAAUAUACUAUAAGUGAAAAAUCAGGGAUGUCUUUUAGAACUGAAGUUGCAUUAGCCGUGCUCCAAGAACUGAUCCCGGAGGAGUCCAGGAAAUUAUUGGCAUUAGUCAAUGGGUAUAAUGAUGGAAGUGUUUAUGAGCAAAAUUCGAAAACAUUACUCAAAAAAAUAUUAGAAAGAGUUAUUCAUGACUGUGAUACUAAGCGCAAGCUAGAAUAUAAUGACGAUAACUGUUCAAUCACGCAGAAUAGAAAGAAAAGUAUUGGGAUUUUAUAUAACAAUAAAAAAACUAUUGCCCAAAAGACUAUGUUAGAUUUAUAG